UACAUUUAUACACUUAAAGUUACAAACAGUCCCUUUAAUUAAAGAAAAAAGAAAAGAAAAAAACGUCUCUCGGACGGGAGCCGGCUCUUUAAACCGGCUCGUUCGUGACCCACACAUCUCUAGCUGGCUAGCAUUUGCUAGCAACGAUUCCUGCCUAUGCAGCUACAAAUAACUUUGCUAGUUAGCUCCACUGUUGUGCUCCAUGUAUGAAGAACUGGUGACCCCUGACUUUAACACAUAGCCGGCUCCAGAUGGACGUCAGUGAGUGUGUGUUGUCGGCGGGUAGAGCCGUGCUGGACCUGGUGGAGCGGGAGUGGCAGCCUCUGUCUCCGGGUGAGCUGGAGCAGCGGCUGGAUCAGGCGGUGGAGGAGAUCCUGGAGGCUGAGCUGAUAGCUAAACUCAACACUCAGCCUCCUCCUCCUACUAUAUACGUUCAGCUACUGCAGAGUCAAGCUAAUGUGCAGCCACAAGUUUUACAGACGACAACGUCCAGCAGCAUCCAGCCGGAGGAAGAGGAGCCACAUCCCGGAGAACCGAUGGAGACUGUUGACGGUGCUGCAGUGAAGUACAUCACAGACCUGCUUCAAAGCACCAAAUCCAGGGCUCGAAUGGCCGGACGGGCUCGCUUGUCCCUGUCCCACACUGUCCUGCUGUCCCUCACUCUGCUGUCUGAGCGCGUCAGCUACCGCUCGGUAUCCCGCCGAUUCCACCUGGAGAAAGGAAAUAUUCACAGGAUCUUCUUUUCUUUCUGCGAGCGCGUCAACACGCUGGAGGAGAGGCUAAUCAGGUGGCCAGUCGGCAAGGAGGCUGAAGAAGCCCUAUUCCCACUUUGCAGUCCAGAGAAGGAGCAGGAGGAGCAGCAAGGUGUCCCUCGGGUCCUGGGAGUGUUGGGACAUAUCCGCAUCCCAAUCCGCCUGCCAAUAGGGAAACAUGAUGUGGAGAGCACUGUGCCUGAGGUGAAGAGGAUGAAGAAGGAGGCCCAUCCCGACUCCUGGCUAAACCUGCAGCUCAUAUGCGACCGUAAAGGCAGCUUCCUACACUGCAGCAUCACUAAAGGAUCAGACGUGGACAGAGGCGGCGCUCUGAGAGACAAAAUCAAACAGCAUCCUGAAAUGAUGCCCUCUGGCUGCUGCCUCGUGGCCAGAGCCGGCUACCUGCUUACUGCUCAGAUUUUAACUCCAUACUCAGGAAGUCACGGACCAAGGGAGGAGCUCUUCAACAAGAUGCUGGAGGAGCAUUUUCACAUCCUGGAUCAGGCUGUCGCCAGCCUGAGAGCCAGGUUUCAAAGGCUCAGGUAUCUGGAUAUCGGAAACUAUGAUCGAGCCAGAGCUGUUGUGCUGACCGCCUGUGUGUUGCACAAUGUGUACUUGGACAUGGGACAAGUGGUUCAAGGAGACGUCGAGAAGGAGGAAGCCAUAACCCGAGAGGGAGAGGGGGAGGUAGAUGACGAAGGUGUACACAGACGUGACGCCAUCUCAGAUUUGUUGUUUAAAAACUUUGAUUCUGAAAACACAUAGGGAUGUAACGAUGCAUCAAUCUGAUCGAUAUAUCGAUUCAAUGAUCAACAAACUAAUAUCAUCAAUGCAAAGUGACAACAUCGAUACAUCAUCAUCUUUCAGACACGCCUUUAUUUUGAAAUUCCCAUGGCAGGUCUGUGCCACCAUUUCCGUCCAAGCACACCUCCCUCCUACAGAGCCCAGUAUUAAAAUGAUCAACU